UGGACGAGGACUCCACGAACACUCUUAAAUAAUAACCUCCCUUGCUUUCUGCGCAGGUUGCUUUCUAAAUCACCUGCUAUCUUUUUCUUUCUUUCUUUCACAGGGAGAGAGAUUCUUCUAAAUUGCCGAAAUGUAUUGCAUUCAGAAUCUACCAAGAUCCUUCACUGUUUUGCCUUUACAGGGCCUUCAAAGAAGCCAUGAAAGAAAGCCUUCAAGCUUUUUCCUGAUGAUGAAGGGUGUGGUGAGAGCUGAUCUCCGUCGCGAUGUUGCCAUGAAGGCAUUAUCUGGUUCCUCGUCCAGCAUCAAGAUGGGCAGUGCUGGAGUAGAGGAGGAAAAGUCUGAGAUAUAUAGUACUAAUAUGACAGAAGCUAUGGGUGCUGUGUUGACAUAUAGGCAUGAACUAGGAAUGAACUACAACUUCAUUCGUCCAGACUUGAUUGUGGGGUCAUGCCUCCAAACCCCAGAAGAUGUUGACAAGCUUCGCAACAUCGGAGUGAAAACCAUUUUUUGCUUACAGCAAAAUUCAGACCUCGAGUAUUUUGGGGUUGACAUCAGUGCCAUACAAGAAUAUGCCAACCAAUGCGAUGACAUUGAGCACUGCCGUGCUGAGAUAAGGGACUUCGAUGCAUUUGAUUUGCGGCUGAGGCUUCCAGCUGUCGUAAGCAAACUAUACAAAGCCAUAAAUCGUAAUGGGGGUGUCACUUAUGUGCAUUGUACUGCUGGUCUUGGAAGAGCUCCUGCUGUUGCGUUGGCAUACAUGUUCUGGGUUCAAGGCUAUAAACUUAGUGAAGGACACAGGUUACUCCAGAGUAAACGUGCAUGCUUUCCAAAACUGGAAGCCAUAAAGAGUGCAACAGCUGAUAUUCUUAUAGGCAUGGCCAAGAGCCUUGUUACUUUGACGUGGAAAGAUGGUAAUUGCUCCUCAGUGGAAAUCUCUGGACUUGAUAUCGGAUGGGGCCAGAGAAUGCCUUUGAAAUAUGACGAAGAACGAGGAUUUUGGAUUCUCGAGAGGGAAUUGGCAGAAGGACGCUAUGAGUACAAGUAUAUUGUAGAUGGUGAAUGGACAUGCAGCAAAUAUGAACUAUUUACGCUUCCCAACAAUGACGGCCAUGUCAACAACUACAUCAAUGACACUUCCAAUCCGUCUUACUUUGGAAGUCAUUUAGAAGUCGUGGUUUGUUGCUGUUCCACGGUUGAUGGCAAUGAUCCUGAUAACUCGAACAGGGAACUGCGGAAGCGUUUGAUGGAUGAUGAUGUUGAUCUUACAAAGGAGGAUAGAGUAGUGAUCAGACGUAUUUUAGAAUCAUAUCCGGAUGAUGAGUAGCAAUCGUAAAUGGGAUUGCUCAUUGAGCAUCGUUCAAUAAAAUGGUGUGUCAUUGACAAUGACCCUUCUAUAUUAGGCCCUUCUAUUUGCGGCGUUGAGUAAAGCAUGAAGCAGGUCCAUCCACGGCUGCAAUAAACCUGUCUAAAGUCUGGUGGAUCACUGUUCUGUGGGACGCACUUGUAUAUACUAGAAACGGAUGGCAAAUGUCGGUGCCUAUUAAGCAAUAUAACGAGACGAUGGCUUUUUCUGCA